CAAUGAUGGCGGGGUAUUAUGAAACGUGAAUUCAUCGCUAAGCUUAAAAAAAUUGCAAGCCUUGUGAAAAGACGACUAACAGCUUUUGAUUACAAUUCUUAGAGGAGCUCCAGAAUUUGGUUGCUUCUAAUUACUUGCGCCCACUGAGUUACAAAGCUGAAUAAAGAAGGAUGACACAAAGGGCUCACUGCCACACAAGUACCCGAGGACACAAAAGACGUUCUAUUGAGCUGCGGACUCAAUCAUUGACUCAUGGUUUUGAAGCAAUGGCUUUGGAAACUCCCCCUGUACACAAAAGACGAAAGACUGGCAGAUUUAAUCAGCUGCCAAUACAGGAUUUCCCAGAGCCUCAAGUCUACACACCAGGGCAAUUAAAGUUGUCAAUUUACAGAACAAGAAGACAUUUAAUGGUUAAUAUUAUCAAAGCAAGGGGUAUUUCUCACAUACCAGGGUACACUGAUGGUUGUUAUGUCACAGUUGUCAUAGUUGCACCUCAUGGUAAAAAAGACAGCAUGGCGACGAGAGUUGUCACUGACGCGACUCCCCAUUUCCAGGAAAUAUUUCCUCUAAGUUUUCUUCAUCUUGAUCUACUUGACAGAAUAGUUAUUUCUCUCUAUCGACAGAGCAGUACAUUAAAUGAUUUGAUGGGUUGCAUGUCAUUUGGUGCAAAGCAUCUGAUAAAAGGAACAAAGUUGAUAGAUGGUUGGUAUUAUUUACUGAAUCAAGAAUUAGGUGUGAAGAAACAUUUAGGAGUUCCUUACAAGAGACCUAAACUCAGUAAAGAAGUAAAAAAGAAACAGCAACCAGUCAGAAUCAUUAAAAAAGUGAUGACAGUUGUACAAGGCAAACACGGUUAUGGUUUUACUAUAUUGGAUACUACACCUGUCAGAGUUGGCAAAGUAGAUUCAGGUGGUCCAUCAGAGAAAGUAGGAUUACAGAUGGGUGAUGUCAUCAUUAGGAUCAACAAACAUCACGUUGAAAGAUCUCCAUGUACAGAUAUCAUUGGAAUUGUCAAGAAUGCUCCUGGGCAUGUACGACUGGUGAUAGAAAGACGUGCAAAAACAGUUAUAAGAAGACUAUCAGAAGAUGUUGAAAGAAGACCACUUAAUACAUUAAUGUCUUCCAAUAGAUGCCAUAAUCAGAAAGAAUAUGCCAAACAACUGUGUGGUGAAACAGAGUACACUCAACACCUGUGUCCUGACACUGAUUACGCUAGACAUCUCAGAUAUGAUACACCUGAUAGUUUAUAUAGAAGUAGUACUUGUAGCAGUACUAUAAGUGGAACACCAUCAGAAGAUGAUAUGAUGACAGGCCAGGUCCAGAUUACAGUAGUAUGUAACUAUCACAUGCAACAACUAGAGCUUAGAUUAGCUGCAUAUUCGUCACCCGCACAGAAGACCAAGCAGGAAUUGAUGACACUAGGAGACAUUUAUUUAGCAGUGUUAGAUGGAUUCAUAUCAUCAUAUGCCGUCUAUCAAUCAUGUCUUAGAAUGGCAGAAGAAAACUUGGCGGUGAAAUUACAAGUGCCAGUUUGGUCUGAUGAUGAAUACUUCAACACAGUGAGAGGGUUUAUGUAUCGACCCAGUGAGUAUCUUGAUAAAUUAUGUCAGCUAUUACAAAUGCUGUGGACCAGUACGCCAACUGAACACCCAGACCAUGAAAACUUCAAACAUGUGUUAAAUGGGUCAGUUCACAUAUAUUUUACUGACACUAGGCAAUUCCGAUUAGCAGAGUUAGGUAGACGGUAUGUUUUUGCUGGAACAUUACACAACAUUAAUCAGACUAACCGUGACAGAAGUAAAAAGCUAUGGGCUAUCAUGUGCACUGAUUUAUUACUACUCACUAAAAAACAAGAUGAUGAUUCUUUCUUGAUUGUGGAUAAGUUGUUACUUAAUUCAUUGUUUGUGCAAGAUAUUGAGUCUAGUCCAAAUGAUUUUAUAGUUACUGUGGUAACCAAUAUUAAGCAGAAAGAGAACAAAGUUCUUCGAGCUCCAACAGAACAUCUAAAGAAAACGUGGAAGAAAUUACUAAACAAGCAUUCUAGUGGAAUAUACUUGAUGACCUUUGACGGGAGUGUUAAGGAGAUUCAUAUAGGAGACAGAAAAGAAACCAAGAAGGGGAUAUCUCGACCGUUCUUGGGAAGACGAAAAAUCAGCAGUCCUGACUUGCCAUCUACAGCUAAGACUGCCUCGCUGUUGAGUCGCAAAGUUAGCAGUCCAGAAAUCAAAAUAACUUCAUUUGACAAUGAUGACAGUCAACUUAAUAGAAAUGCUGUAAUCACAGAGGAAUUAUCCGACGACACAGGCAUCAUGAUGAAUAGUAGUAAAAACAGAAGCAAACUAGCAGUGGAAUUAUAUAAAAAAUCCCCCUCAUGUGAGGACUGUUCUAAAUCAGAGUCUACACAGAAUAGCUUGGAGCAGUUAACCACAGCGUCAGCUCCAGGUAGUCCAUUAUUUCACAUUAGUCGUAGUUGGAACUCAUUGACUCCAACAGGUACUGUAUCAGGGGGAUACCCAUGCAAAUCAAACGAAGAUUGUGCCAAGACCAGUAAAGACACAUCCAGUACUAAGGCAAAACCUAAACGAAAAAACAUUUUUCAACUUUUCACGGGUGAUAAUAAAAACAAGGACGAGAUUGAUGGACAUGAUGCCCCCCCACAUGCAUUAUUUUUAAAAGAACCUGUGGAGGGGAAAAGUCAGGAAACCACAUCACCUCGGAGGACAAUAACUCGCAUGCGGUCACGGUCGGUUGGAUCAGAAGAUGAGGCAAUUGAAGAAGAACUUGAAGACCCUGGUUCAGGAUCUGAUUCACCAACAGAUGAUGCAUUGCAGCUCCCUUCAUUUAAUACAGACAAUGAUAAACGCAAGAGAAAAAAAAAUUUAGCAAAAGAUAUGAAAGAGAAACUACGGUUUCUAAGGAGGCGCCACACUGACGGGUGUAUUAAAGAUGCAGAGAAACUCAAAACACUACGACCUUCUUAUGCACAAGCCAUUAAAUGGAGCGAAUCAUUUGACAGUCUGCUGGCAGAUAAAUAUGGCUUGGCUUCAUUUCGUGCAUUUCUUAAAACUGAGUUCAGCGAUGAAAAUAUAGAGUUCUGGUUGGCUUGUGAGGAUUACAAGAAAGUAAGACCCUCAAAGUGGUCGUCCAGAGCACAGAGAAUUUACAAUGAUUAUGUUGCAAUCCAAGCACCUAGAGAGGUGAAUCUAGACUCUCAUAGUCGACUUGCUACUGUCUCAAAUCUCAGUAACCCUACAAAGCAUGCUUUUGACCUGGCACAGAAACGCAUUCAGUCGUUGAUGGAGAAAGAUUCAUAUCCACGGUUCUUACGAUCAGAAUUCUACCAGUCGCUCAUCAAUGACAAAAAACAAGUCAGCAAUUGUUAAAAUUGCCCAGUUGCUCUUCUGAUAUAUGUCGUCCAUCCCUCUGAAGCAAUUUCUAUGAUGACCAAAUAUGGUGUUGGCUAUUUAUUUCUUUGUCA